GAUAAUAUAAAAUUAAGAUUUGCUUCUGCUAACAGUAACAUUGGACCCUUCACUCCCCCCCUUAAAAAAAAGCAUAAAGAACCAUCAAAUUCAACAGAAGGGGUGAUUGCUUUCUGCUUCCGUCUUUCACAUAUAGUGUUAGUAAUAGGACCAGUGAGUGCUGGCUACAAUGAACAUUAUGUCUACCCACCAAUGCAAUUGGCCCCUGAGAAUUCAGGAUCAUCCUGACAAAGGAAGUAUUAAUAAGGCUCCAGUUUCAGGGAUUUAUUCUCCUUCCAGAGGAUUGAACUUCCUCAAUGUUGGAUACAUUGUUCAUAAAUGUGGCCAUAGUGCCAGAAAAUGCAGGCCUAUUGUUUCUAGUUCAGUGAGUGACAGUAUGAAUCCUUCUGAUUCAGAUGACAUUGAUAAGAAUAAACCUCAGAGUGAUGAAAUGGGAGGAGUGAAUAGUGAAAUGCUUAGGGAGAGUCUCGAGAAAAUAGUUGGUACAGAUGAUUCCACGUUUAGUGGAUUUGACCUUGCCACUCUUAUCAGGAACAAAUAUGGGAGGUCUUAUGAUGUUCAGUUGAUAAAAAAGGAAUUCAUGGGAAGAAAUCUUCUUGCUUUGAAUGUCAUGUGGAAGUACAUGGAGCAGAGAUCCUUCCCGUUGACUGAAGAAGAGUAUAUUUUGAGGCUUGAUGAUGUUGCAAACACAUUAAAAUGUUGGGGAGCUGUCUCACAUAUUCGAAACAGCCUAGCAAAGUCCAAAGAACGACCUCGGAUAGGGAAGGCAGUGAGCAUUUUUAUUGAUAUGGAUGAGUCUGGUGCUCGUGCAAACGAAUGGAUCUACAAAUAGAAUGCAUUGCUGAGUUGAAAUCAAUCUCAAGUCAUUCACUAGAUUCCAUAUUUCAAUGAAAGAAGAAUCCGUAGCCAGCAGGACCAUCACUUUUUUGUAAAUUUCGUUAGUUUGGAACUUACUAUACUUGGAACGCAACAUCUCCAAAAGUUUUUCUUACGUUUCUGUUCACAUCAGGCCCAGGCAAAUAUAUUUUUGGUUCUUCCCUUAUAUUUUCUUUUUCUUUCAUCACAGUAUUGAUGUAAAAUGAGUUAAUAUAAGAAAAGCAUCCACGAUAAAUUUCUAACAAACUUCUCUUCAAUUUAGAGUACUAAUAUUAAUAGCUGUGUUGUUAUUCUAUGUUUGUGCCCUCUCCUUGAGAGAAUUACUUGAAACAUGAGGGUAAUAUGAUUCCUUUUGCCAGUAAGUGUGCGAAUAUCGCCAAUUGAUGAUGUAACUGCUCGGACAGAUAAUUACUUGAAAGAUGAGAGAAAUUUCCUUAUAU